CUAAUCUGAAUCUAAAAUAUUUUAGCUCCGUACAGACCUGAGUCAAAACCUCACAGUGAGUUUCGAGUUUUCCACUCCCCAAAAAAAAAGAAAGAAAAACCAAUUGUAUCAUAAUCUUCCCACUAGUUUAUUGAAAAUCUUCAAAAGGAGUUGAUAAAGCAAAAUCCUAUCCAUAAUCACCAGAUCUACAACAAUGGCGAAGCACUAAAGCAAGCAGAAAAAGCUAAGCUUUCUUCAAUGGCGAAUUCCCUCAAAGGCAACCUCCUUUCUAUCCUUUUUCUUUUCCUUUUAGCUUCUCCUCUUUUUUCUAGGGUUUUGGCGAGCUCUAACUCGGUCCCGAUCCAACAAGAAACAGAGCAUAAACGCGAUUCUGAUAAUAACAAAGAAUCCGAAACCGCGAUUGAUUUCGAUCGUCAACAAGUUCUGUUGCAAAGACUCGAUGAAAUAGUGAAAAACCUUAGCGAGAUAGUUUCUAGGUUGGAGUCGAAGCUGUCGGAGCCCUCGAAGGGGGCGUUUAGCGAUGAGAAGCGCGAGCUCGAGGGUUUGAAAAUGGAUCUUUCGGAAAAGGAAAAUCUUGAUCGAAUUAAGACGAAGUACAAGCGAAAAAGCUCCAUUAAAGUUGAGCAAGAAGGUUUUGAUGAUAAAGUCCCAGACGGUGAAAAAGCUAGGGCGGUUUCGGUUACGAAGUACAGCCCCUUUUGGUCGGAGAGGUUUCAGUUUGUAUCGGCUGUGAAAUUGGAUUCCCAAGCGACUUGUAUCAAUGUCUUGCCUUUUAGGGAUUACGAGGGAUUAAGCAAGUAUGUUGCUGUUGGGGAUGAGAGAGGGACAGUUUAUGUGUUCUUGAGAAAUGGGGAUGUUCAGGUUCAGCAUCAGACAUUGUCGGAUUCGCCUAUCACGGCAAUGGUUUCGUACUUGUCAGUGUAUAAGAACGAGAGUUUUGUGGUCACAGGGCAUAGGAAUGGCGCAAUCUUGAUGCACCGGAUUUGGGAAGGAUCGAGCUCGGGCGGAGAGGAUUGGAGCUUGUUGUUUAUGGAAAAUGUGGGCGUAUUUGUGCCGACUAAUAAGGGCGGAGAUGGUUUGGCCAUAAGUAUAUUGGAAGUGCAUCAUGCUGGAAGAAUGAGGUACAUACUGGCCACUGAUGUUAGUGGCAAAAUUUGGGUUUUCAGAGAGAAUGGAACAGUUCAUGGUGCGACAAGGCCGAACAGUAGACCAUUGGCUUUCUUGAAGCAGCGGCUUCUGUUUUUGACUGAGACUGGUGCAGGGUCGUUGGACUUGAGAAGCAUGAGAGUCAGGGAGUCGGAAUGUGAAGGUCUGAACCAUUCUUUUGCUCGGAAUUAUGUCUUCGAUGUAACUGAGCGGUCUAAAGCUUAUGGCUUCACUUCAGAAGGUGAUCUGAUCCAUGUGCUGCUGCUGGGGGAUAUAAUGAACUUCAAAUGCAGGGUUAGAUCCAAGAGGAAAUUUGACAUGGAAGAGCCUCUUGCGUUUCAGGCAAUAAAAGGGUAUUUGCUUAUCGUUGGUGGGGAGAAAGUUUUCGUGUAUAAUGUCUCGUCUCAACAUUAUGUCAGGGUUGGAUCUCCCCGGAUACUUUUCUCUGCUGGUUUGGAUGAGAUCAGAUCAUCUUUUCUGAAUUAUCAGAGCAGCGAUUCGGAUGGUGAGGGAAUGGAGGCUUUCCCUUUGAUAGCUAGCGACCACGAAAAGUUUGUGGUUAUUGGCCUUGGUGGUGGCUAUGUGGGCAUGUAUCGCUCUAACCUCCCAGUAUAUAAAGGGGAAUUCAAUAACAUAUUUUGGACCAGUCCUGUGUUGUUCUUUAUACUUUUUCUUUUUGGAGCAUGGCAAUUUUUUGCUAAGAAGAAAGAAGCACUUACUUCUUGGGGACCAGAUGAUCCAUUUAGCUCUACAAGUACGGCUGCGACUACAACUGGAGCUCCAAUGCCAGGAACUAGCUCCGGAGAAAGAGCAGAGAGGUCCUUCAUAGACUCUUCAUCAAGAAGUACUGAUAUGAUGAAUCUGAGGGGUGGUGGUCUCAGAGAUCCGACAAGAAGGUAUGUCUCUCCACCGCGAUACACCGGCGGAGCAACCAGUUCCUUUAGGCCAGCUUCUGUUGAUCAUAACCCCAGAGGAACAGCAGUUGAUCCUAAUUUUAGAACUUCAGAGCUGAAAUUUAGGGGCCCAAGUUUAGAGUCAUCAGGUUUUCCUAAGAGAAGAGAGAGUCUAUUUGUAAACACGCAAGGCGUGGAUGAUAGCAACUAACGUGUAUGGUCAAAUUGUAUGGUAUGGAAAACUUGAGCAUCAAGUUAUUUUGGGAUUUUAUUCUUGGACUAGUCAUUUGGCAUCGUAGCGCCAUUUGAACUUGCACUGGUUGCUUCGGCAGCAUCAGCGUGCAGAAAUAAAACUAUAAAAAGAAAGUUUUCAAGUGUUACUUUUU